UAUUUAUACCGGUAAGUAUAAAUUUACUCAUGUAAGUGAUAAAUACUUUAAGGUUAAGUAUUUUUUACAAAAAGUUGAUUUUAUAUCAAAAAUUACUAUUCAGUUAAAUUAAACAAUUAAAAAAUGACAAGAUAUUUUAUUAAAUUUUCAUAUCUUGGUACACAAUACAGAGGAAUGCAAAAAAAUGUAAUUCAGACUAAAAAUGUUUUAAUACGUGAUAUUGAUACUAUUCAAGGAGUUUUGGAAACUGCUUUUACAACUUUAAUGCCAAAAUGUAUAGAAUGGCCAAAGAUAACUUGUUCUAGCAGAACAGAUAUUGGUGUACAUAGUAUGUGUAAUUUAGCUCACAUUGAUAUAAAAAAUAAAUAUGAUUCUAUUUAUUAUCCCAAUGAUACACUUAAAUAUGUGAAUCGAUAUCUUCUUAAUUGCAAUCAUAAUAUAAGAUUAUUAGAAUUUAUUCCAGUAAAAAAGACUUUUCAUGUAAGGAAGCUUGUAGACUCUAGAACUUAUCUUUAUAGAUUUUUAAUAGCUAAAAAUAAAGAUGAACAUAGAAUUCCCAUUACAGAAAUAAAUCAGUGUUUUCAUGUCAGAUCAGAUACUUUUGAUUCUGAAAGAAUAAAACGUGCAACACAACUUUUUAUAGGAACAAAAGAUUUUAGAACAUUCUGUGCAAAAAUUAUAAGUAAUAAAACAAUUAAUUAUGUACGAAAUUUGAAUAGUUUAACUAUAGAAAAAGGUCAUCCACUUAUGCCAAACGAUCCUUUAUCUCAAAACUUUGAAUAUUGGAAUAUUAUAUGUUCAGCAAAAGGUUUUUUAUAUAAGCAGGUUAGACGAAUUGUCGGUGCUUUAAUUGCUCUAGGUUCAGAUAAAAUAACAGAAAAAGAUAUAAAUGUAAUGUUACAAGUUCCUGGUCAUCAUAAUUAUCUUUCUCAAAUACAGACAGCUCCAGCUUAUGGUUUAUAUCUUAUGAAUGUAGAAUAUUGUCAUAAAAAAUUAAAUGAAUAUGUUAUAAAAUACAAAAUUUCUGAUAAUAAUAUAAUUAUACCACUAGAUACAGAUGAAAUCUAAUAUAUAUUUUUAAAAAUUUAUAUAAAUAUCAUCAAAUGAUUUUUUUGAUCAAUUAAUUUUAUUUUUUCCUUUCUUCAUAUAUUAUUUGCAUAUUGAUAAUGGAUUUAAACAGUUUAAUAAAAAAUAAAAAAUUAGAAUUAAAAAAAUGUAAAACUAUUGUAACUAAUACACUUGGUCAAAAAUAUGAAGAAUAUAAUGGAAUAAAAAGAAAAUUAUCCUUUACAGGAACACCAUUUGUGAUAGAUAAUAAACCUGAUUUACAGAUUGCACAAAUAAUACAAGGAUUGUUCCUAAGCUCACAAGAUCCAAUUAUAAACAAAGAAAUAUUACAAAAACAUAAAAUUCGUCAUAUUUUAAGCAUUGGUAUUGAUGUACCAAUAAAAUUUGAUGGCAUUAAUUACUAUUAUUGUGAAUUGUUAGAUUUACCCGAGUCUGAUCUAAUUAUAGUAAUUAAAAAAUGUAUCAGAAUUAUACACAAACAUCGCAAUGAAAAUAUUCUUGUACAUUGUAAUGCUGGUAUAUCUCGUUCACCAGCGAUUAUUAUAUCUUAUAUAAUGGCUCUUCAAAAAAUAUCAUAUGAUGAUGCAUAUAAUAAGGUAAAAAAUAUAAGAAAUUGUAUUAAACCUAAUGAAGGAUUUGUACAACAAUUAAAAACAUUACAACUUCCAACUAUGUUAUAAUAAAUAAAUGUCGAAUGUUAUUAUAAUA